AAAUGGUUUUCUCCGAAAAAGGUCAAUCAAGAAGCAAGAAAAGGUAAACACAGAGAAAUUGGGAACCCGCACUCGAAAACCCCAAAAUUCAAAUUCCUUCCUCUCCUCUAUUCUCUUCGUGCGUCGUACGGAACACGCCUCGUGAUCCUCAACCCAGCGACCGAGUUCGUAACUCAGCAUCGGCCUGGCGAUGACUCGGCCUUCUAUUCCCUCUCCUGGGAAGUCGGAGCAGUUCCGAGUGUUCGAUUUCACCGAGGACGAGAUCGAGAAGGAGUCAAAGAAGCUCCUGCGAAGGUUCGAGUCUUCAGGAUCGGAAUCAUCCUCCGCCAUCAACAAGUAUGAGUUUCUUCGGUACUUUUCACAGGACACCACAAGUGAGAGAAAGGAACCCCUCAGCAGAGUUAUUGACGUAGAAGCUGCAAAUGAGGGUUGGACUCAGGAAAUGGGGCAGAGUAGCAAAUCAUCAGAUACUUGUGCCUGCGUGGUAGAUCAACAAUGCUCAAAGUUAGCGUGUAAUCCUGCCAAUAUGUCAUCUGACAGAGGUGCCUUUAAAGAGGGGGUUCAUGGUUUGACUCCUCAUUUACAAUCUCCUCUUUUGGGCACCGAAAAGCAAAUAAUCAAUGUGAUCUCAGAUGAACGAUGUGAAAAAAGUGCACAAGUCUUCCCCAAAGAAGGAACAAGGUGUGAUACAAGUGGAUAUGGAAUUGGUGACAUGAUUGAUAUGGUUUCUGAUAAUUACCGUGAAAGGACAGAAAUUAGCUUAUCAACUUCUACCUCUUCUUUCAGAGACAAGCAAGUGUCAUCUGGAGAAGAAGACUCAGAUUGUACUUCUGGUGCACUUCAUAUUGACACUGAAAAUCUGCGAGUUCUUGUAAUCCCUGAUGUUGUGAUAUAUGGGGAUAUAUACUGUACAAAUUCAAAAUUAACCUUUUCAGAUAGCUACGUAGAGGUUGAAGGUUCUUCUGUAAAUGCGACUAAAGGGACUUUUAGAUGUCAAUGGGCAGUAGAAGAUAUAUUCAAAAUUGAGUCUCAAUGGUCUCUAGAGGUUGAGACUGCCAUUGUCAACUUAAUUAUCAAAUCCAGGAAUCCAAAAGGAGUUGUCUGUGCCAAUGAGACUACAGGUAUCGAUCUGUUAAAAUUUGCUGUUUAUGAACCUAAUUGGUGUGUAGCACUAGAAGCCAUCAAAUCAUUGAACUCGAGAUACAAGGACAUGUGGUUUGAUAUUUCUGUUGUUGAUGGAGAAAGUGAGGAACAUGCUUUCAAAGGCCAAAUUUCGGGAACUUUAAUCACCAAUCCCACUGAGUCAUUUGAAGAUAUAAUUUACCCUCAAGGGGAUCCAGAUGCUAUGCUAAUUAGCAAGAGAGACAUUGAUUUUCUACAGCCAGAGAGCUUCGUCAAUGACACCAUAAUCGAUUUCUAUAUCAGAUACCUUAAGGAUCAGAUUCAAACAGAAGAGCAAUGCAGAUUCCACUUCUUCAAUUGUUUCUUUUUCCGCAAGUUGGCCAACAUAGACAGAGGUUCACGUAGCACUUCUCGCGGCCAGGAAGCAUUUGAACGUGUGCAGAAGUGGACUAAGAAUGUGGAUCUUUUCGGGAAGGAUUACAUAUUCAUUCCAGUUAACUUCAAUCUUCAUUGGAGUCUGAUUGUCAUCUGCCAUCUUGGUGAAGCGGUUCAUUUUAAAGAUGUUGAAGCUCAUAACGCACAAAGGGUUCCUUGCAUCUUGCAUAUGGACUCAAUUAAGGGAAGCCAUAGAGGCCUGAAAAGUAUUUUUCCAAGUUAUCUAGCUGAAGAGUGGAAAGAGAGGCAUGGCAAUAAUAAAACAGAUGAUUCCGCGAGAAUUUUAAAUCUACAGUUCAUUCCACUCCAGGUCCCUCAGCAGCAGAAUUCAUUCGAUUGUGGCCUCUUUUUACUCCACUAUUUGGAACUUUUUCUUCGGCAAGCUCCUGCUAACUUCAACCCUUCCAUUAUCUCAAAGUCAACCAGUUUUCUAACAAGGGAAUGGUUUCCUCCUGCGGAAGCGUCUUUGAAGCGUGGAUACAUCCGAGAGUUGCUUUACAGUCUCCAGAAAGAUCAUUCUCGGAAAAAUGUUAGUUGCAAGAGUACCCAGUCUUCUUCUGGAGUAUCUGAUAAGAUCAGUCCAGAAGAAGAAACGGUAACCGUAAAGGAGAAUUGUAGCCCGAGAAAAGCAUCCGAUGGUUCCUCACCAAUUACCAACUCUGUUCCCCGAGAAACUGACACCGUGACGGAAACUUGUAGCUCGAGAAACUCAUCUGAUGGUUCCUCACCGACCCCCCACUCUGUCCCCCAAGCCAAGAAUUCGCCAUCAACAACUCAACAUGUACACAUUGAAAGAUGCAGGAAAAGCUCUGGAGAGCCUCUGGAUCUGAUUCCUCGCAAAGAAAAAUUCGAUAAAGGAGGUUAUGAAACCAACGCAUCCAAGUACUGCCGAAAGGUUUUCAUGUCGCCAAUCAAGGAAGUCCAAGAAAUCAGUGAGAAUGCAACAACCAGUUCACCACCGGAUACACAUAAUUGUACAUCGAAGAUGGUUGACGAGACGAACACUUUUAGGACAACCUUAUUUCCCAGCAAUGAUCAUCAACGGGUGGAAACAUGUCGGAACAAGGAAUGUACGCUUUAUAUAGAAGACAGCGACGAGGAAGAUCUGGUCUCAAUAUCAUCUAUUCCCGAGUCCCCGGACUUAUCAGAAGUCAAACAAAACGAAGAUGACAUGCUUCUACUUGUUGAAGAGAACCACAGAAGAAGCGAAAUCCAGUCUCCUUCAACGUCGGUUGAGAUGCUCUCUCUUUGCGUCGUUGAAGACUCGCUUGAACUCGAGGUUAGCGACAAAGGAAGCGAUGGGAUUAAAGAUUCUGCUUCUUCUCGGGUUUUGUUGUCGAGCGAAGACCGUGGCUCGAAAGAGAGAGGUAGAGGAGGUGGUGAGGAUGAUGUCUUAGCGAGAAGCCGAGAUUUGGUGUCUCGGCCAUUGGAGAAACAGAUAACUAAGCGGCCAAAGAGGCAAUGAUUCUCUAUAUUCCCUUUACUUGCUAACGUAUGGUACUCUCACAUUUUUGGGAAAAGGAAGUUGAAGUCUUAUAAUCGUUUUA